CCGCUACGGCGUUAAAAUACAACAACAACAACAACAACAACAGUUCGUCUCGGUCUCGGCAUGCCCGCCAUGCCCCAUCUUGACUUGACGAUGUUCGGCGACUAGAAGCCUGUCACUGAGAUAUCAGGCACAAUAAUCUCUCAAGACAGCACCACUAAGAAUCAUAAGCAAUAGGGUAAGUAUAAAGAUAGGAUGUCUUCUCAUCGACUCACUUACAUCUCAUAUCAUCACAAUCAUCACACUCUUUAUCAGCUCAACUACGAGCCUUACCUCUAUCUCUCAUUGACUUUGGCUAGUUUCCAAGCCUAGUCUUACACUCUUUUUCCUUCUUCACCAAUUUGUCUGACCGUUUAUACGAAUCGUCAUCAACAUGAUAUCUCUCAACAACCUUUUUGUUGUGCUUCUCCUCCAACUAUGGACUGCCGUCUGCAAUUCCCAGUUCAGCGUGUGGCGCGCCGACACCAGAACUCCCACCGAGAUGCGCGCCGCCGGCCUCUUCGCCCCUAGAGGAGCCAGCCAGAUCCUUCAGAUCGUCCCCAACGUCAGCAUGUACAACCACGCCGUCGGAGCGGACAACGGUGCCAGCCGCGACAACGAUGGCUACGUCUCCACCACCGCCAGCGAGACCACCGCCAUCGGCUUCCUCAACAACAUGUUCAGAGGCAACGGCUACGUCUACGAGAUUGCGGCCGCGGCCAACUUCAUCCAGGUCUCCGGCACCCUCGGCGAGUUCAGCCCGUACCCCAACGAGCAAGAGUACGCGGCGCUCGGCGGCUUCAGCUGGGACCAGGUCAUCCGCUGGAGACAUUACACCAACGGCGUUGAGGACGGCUCACUGGAGGAUAACAGAGAGUAUGAGGGCGGAAUCUACAAUGGCCUGAGACCCACCAACACCAUGCCUAGUCUUGCUGGCUUCCCCGCCGGUCACCGUGCCUGGACCUUGUCUCCCUGGAACACGUUUGCUCAGGGUGGCGCCGGCUGCGGUGGUGGUAACGCUGCUCGCACUCUCUUCGUUCGCCAGGGUACCUGCAGCCCUAAGGAGGAUGCCGACACUGUUGCCAAGAGGUUCAUUGAUGAGAAUUGCUGGGCCAAGUCUGACUGCGGUUAAAUAUCGAGGAUCGGCUAUGCCGGUUGAGCAUUCGGUCUUGAAGGGAUUAUCUGACAGAAUCUAGCCAUGCCUCUCAAGGCAGGAAUGGUAGAUUGUGAACGAGGAAUACCCAAUCCGGGUCGAGGCCAUCGGGGGAUUGGAUAGGAGAUGAAGGGUGGAGAGUAGAGGGAUAGUCUAGGGGAGGUUGCUCUGUCUUUACCAUUGCUGAUAUUGUUUAGGUGUGAUUUCUCUUUCACUAGGUGUCUCUGUCGUAGGGUAUAUAUGGCGUUA